GAGGGCGCUCAUCUGCAGAAAUAUCACCGGAAGCUCGCAUGUAAAAGACAACAGGAUAGCCUGCCUUGAAGUAGCAGCCAUUACUCUAAAGAAAUACAAACAACCCACAGUUUGUUCAUACUUCUCCCCUCAAAUUGAGUUAUAUUUAGUACUACAUUGACCUAAGAGGGUGACAUUUGAUUAAUUCGGGAGAAUGGGCAGGAGCAGGAGUCGAACUCCUCCGAGACGAGAGAGAAGGCGUUCCCGCUCAACUUCAAGGGAGCGCGAGCGAAGGCGGAGGGAAAAGGAACGCACUCGUUCUCGGGAUCGGGACCGCGAGCGGCGGAGGAGUCGCUCACGAUCUCCUCACAGGAGACGUUCAAGGUCUCCCCCCCGACGUCAUCCCUCCUCCUCCACCUCCCCCUCUGAUGAGGGCAAAGACGCUAAGGACAAGUCAGCAAAGCCCAUUCAGAUCUCGGAGGAAGACAUGGAGGGCAAAACAGAAGAGGAAAUUGAGAUGAUGAAACAGAUGGGAUUUGGGUCCUUUUCCACCAGCAAGGGGAGGAAAACUGAUGGAUCGGUCAAUGCCUUUGCUGUCAAUGUGACCAUGAAGAGAAAAUACAGGCAGUACAUGAACAGAAAAGGUGGAUUCAACAGACCACUGGACUUCAUCGCGUGAAAGUAUCAACAACUCAUUGUGAUACCUGAGAAGCUUACCUCCGUUCUCCCCGUAAAGUAUAGGAUGAUAUAGUGGUAUUUCUUAUUAUUUCAAACCUGUUUUAUGUUAUGCAACAAUUCUGUUUAUACUGUUUAUACUUUUUUUUUU